UCAGUGUCACUCUUCUCACGUCAGCGGCUGUUUAUUUCCCCCAAAUUUCCGAAAUUUUCAUUUUCAAAAACAGUUUAAGCCUCCAAUAAUGUCUGACAACGACGACGACUACAUGUGCGAGGAGGAGGAGGACUACGGUUUGGAAUACUCGGAAGACAGCAACUCCGAGCCGGACGUGGACCUGGAGAACCAGUACUACAACAGCAAGGCGCUGAAGGAGGACGAGCCCAAGGAGGCGCUGCUCAGCUUCCAGAAGGUGCUGGACCUGGAGGGCGGGGACAAGGGCGAGUGGGGCUUCAAGGCGCUCAAACAGAUGAUUAAGAUUAAUUUUAAAUUGAGCAAUUUCACGGAGAUGAUGUCCCGCUACAAGCAGCUGCUGACGUACAUCAAGAGCGCGGUGACACGCAACCACUCGGAGAAGUCCAUCAACUCCAUCCUCGACUACAUCUCCACCUCUAGAAAUAUGGAAUUGCUGCAAGACUUCUACGAGACCACCCUGGAGGCGCUAAAGGACGCCAAGAACGACCGGCUGUGGUUCAAGACCAACACCAAACUGGGCAAGCUGUACUACGACCGCGGGGACUUCAACAAGCUCGCCAAGAUCCUCAAGCAACUGCACCAGAGCUGCCAGACUGAUGACGGCGAAGACGAUUUGAAGAAAGGCACCCAACUGCUAGAAAUAUACGCGCUUGAGAUUCAAAUGUACACCGCACAGAAGAACAACAAGAAGCUAAAGGCGCUUUAUGAGCAGUCGCUGCACAUCAAGUCUGCCAUCCCCCACCCCCUCAUCAUGGGGGUCAUCAGAGAAUGUGGCGGUAAGAUGCACCUCCGCGAGGGCGAGUUCGAGAAGGCGCACACGGACUUCUUCGAGGCCUUCAAGAACUACGACGAGUCGGGCUCCCCGCGCCGCACCACCUGCCUCAAGUACCUCGUGCUCGCUAACAUGCUUAUGAAAUCCGGAAUAAACCCCUUCGACUCCCAAGAAGCCAAGCCCUACAAGAACGACCCGGAGAUCCUCGCCAUGACCAACCUCGUGAUGGCCUACCAGAACAACGACAUCAACGACUUCGAGGCCAUCCUCAAACACAACAGAAAUAAUAUCAUGGACGAUCCGUUCAUCCGGGAACAUAUUGAGGAUCUACUCCGGAAUAUUAGGACUCAAGUGCUGAUCAAGCUAAUAGGACCUUAUACUAGGAUUCAUAUACCUUUUAUAUCGAAGGAGCUAAAUAUAGAUGAAAAGGAGGUGGAAAAUCUAUUAGUCACUUGUAUUUUGGAUAACACGAUCAGCGGGCGCAUCGACCAGGUGCACUCGGUGCUGGAGCUGGCGGCGGGCCGGCGCGGGCUGGCGCGCUACGCGGCGCUCGACCAGUGGACCACGCAGCUCGCCAGCCUGCAUGGAGCGCUCGUCAACAAGAUGGCCUAGCUCAUACGCACAUACAGGGCUCCGACACCUAUCCACCCCCAAUUUUACUUCAAAUCGAAAUCUCCCCUAUGGUUCGAGAUGUAAAGUGUAUAAAUAUUAAAAGUAUCGCGCCUCCAUCUUGUCGGUCAACUUGAAUACCGCUGUACGAGGUUAUUUUGCAGUAAAUUGUCAAACGCCAACUUUUGACGACCGGAUCCGCCGCAUUAUGUACGGAAUCGUCCGGCGACAUCUAUUUUAGCUACCUUUCUAAUUAGAAGAACGAAUUUUUAGUAAUAGUUUUGGUGGGAUUUAUUUACAGAUUUAUAUCAGCUGAGGUCCGAUGAAACUAUGCUAUUAACACUUUAAAAAAUAUGUUUUGUGUGCACUUAACAAAAGGCACUUGUGAAGUGUUAUGAUAUAGUACAUUAUUGUCGAGGCUCGGAAGUAGCUACUUGCUGGCUGAGGAUUUGUUUUAAACGGACGACCUUGGGAGUCCGUUUAAUUGAAUCCGAAGCCAGCAAGUAACCUUCCAGCCGAGUCAUAUAUAGUGCUUUUCUCAAAAAUGGCGCAAUAAAUGCAAAUAUAAUAGAAAUAUUUUACAGAAGCAACAUUGUUAUGUACAUAUUUUCACAGAAAAAAGUAAAAAGAUUUGCUUUGCCUCCGUUUUAUUUUUUUAAUUAAAAAUGGAAGUGUAUUUUUCUGCUGAAAAUACACCAACCUAUUUGAGACACCUAAAUAGUCGCGGUACCAACAUUAUAAUAAUAAGUACUGAUCAUCUGUUUGGCUGUUUAAUGGACCUAUGCCUUCAUUUGAUAUGGCCACUUCAACUUUUAAAAAGUUUGGAACUCAACAAAUAAUGGAAUUGGUAUGCAACAUUGCAGUCCCGAAAUCGAGACUGCAAUGUUUUUAACUUUUUAAUUUUUUGACUGACCAUAAACUACGCACUUCGCGACCUACUUUUUAACCGGCAACGUCGACUUUGCCGUCCAUUUUUGAGAAAAUAUUAUUUUCGUGACACUUGUGACCAGUUGACGACGAAAUUGUUCCGCUAGAAGUCGUCGCGCGGUUUUUAUUUAGAUCCGCUAUUUUAAAAUAUAAAUAAAUGCUUCAUACCGAUUAUUUUUCUGUAUGGAAGCUAAUAUAAAACAUGCUUAAUGAAUACUUUUAAUUUUACAGGAAAGAUGAUUGAAAAUAUACAUUACAGAUAUCAUUUGAAAGUGAAAAUUGAUAGAAAUUUUCUUCCUUCAUAAGUAUUCCUUUCAAUAUUAUAAAAUAUUAGCUUCCUACCUGAAAAAUAAUUGAAAAAGACGUUUCAUUUUGUAUUCGUAUUUUAUUAUAACAUACUAGGGAUCUAAGACUUAAUAUGUAGAGAAAAUAUUACAUUGGCGAAAAAUUUGAUCUCCAUAUUGGUUUCAAAUUGCAAAUUUUCUAAUUGUAUUGUAUUCCGGUCCUAAUAUUGUACAGCUGGAAUUGACUGCAUUUUACUGAUAGGAUAGCAUUUAAGUUGUUAUAGUUUUUUUUAAGAUAGACCUAAGGGUCAGUUGCACCAAACCAUCUGUCACCGUCAAAGCGUUCGCUAAAGUUUCAUAGUUCAUCGCUGAGUGAGUGAUGUCGAUCAGUCCGCUAAAUGUGGUUGGUGCAACUGGUCCUUUUGAAUGCUGAGAUAACGGGUUAUCCAAAAUAAAAUGUGUGAAUUUUAUUCCAGCUAAUCAAAUUAAUGUCUUAAAGGGCCCACUGACUAUCAGUCCGCCGGAUAGUCUCCAUGCGCCGGACGAUAUCGGCCUGUCACUUAGAACAAAAAUUUGACAGUUCCGAACAAAUGACAGGCCGAUAUCGUCCGGCGAACUGAGUCAGUGGGCCCCUUUAAAGUACACAGUCAUCCAUUAUAAUAAAUUUAAAUUGUUUCACAUCACAGUGACAUGUUAACCUUACUUAAUUCAAAUAUUUUGUGUACAUAUACCUCCUGAGACUCAGAAGCAUUUGUUUUGUUUUUGAAUUUGGAACCCUUAGUUACUCAACAAAAGUUCAAAAUAGAUUGUGCAAUAUGUACAAAAAUUUGUACGCGGGGUCUUAGGAGGCUAUCGAUUUGGAUAUGGCACUUAUGUUCUUUAUAUUACUUGCGAAUAUACACCCAAUGUAUUGUUAAAGCGAUUUCUAGCAAUAAUAUUUCGUAGCAUUUUAUAAAUUCAUUUCGGCGAACGUUAUGAUGCUUAUGAUGUGUUUUAUUCGUCUUUGGUUAAAAAUCAUACUUAUUGUAAAAAAUAUCCAGAUGAUAUCCAGAAUUAGAGAAAGACAGCAGUUUGAAAGAUUAUGAGAUUAAAGCCCUUACUAGACGGUCGCCGACAAGCCCCUCGGACCGCGUGGCCUUGGUCUGGACAGACCGUGUAGACAGUUUCCAACAAAAUUUCAUACAAACAUUACUAAGGCCAGACGGUCUGAAGGCUUGUCAGCGACCGUCUAGCACACUAUGGAUGGUAUAGAAAGGAUGCCAGUCUCUUAUGGCAGAAUUGUUGCAAAAGUGACCGCUUUCAGCUUUAAAUAAUAGUUCCUAAUCUCUCCGGUGGCGCUAGUUAGGCUCUGGGACAUGAGUAUAACAUGAACCAACAAAUAACCCGACCAAAUUACGUAGGUUGUUUUUGGUAGUAUUUCGGUGUAUGGUGGCGCCGCUUAAUUACUGUUUUUUGAUGGACACUUUUCAUACAUAGAGAUUUGGCUCCUUUAUAUAGUCUCCAUGUAACACACGCUUUACGAGUCAUUUUUCUCGGAAAUAUAAUGUUUAUCUAAUUAUGAAUAUCACUGAUCACUGUAGCUUUUACCAGACAUGACACUGCAACCUUUUGCAAAAUUUUCCUAUGAACAAAAAUAAUAAUAAUUGAAACCAA